AUGACUUUGCUGGACCAUGCAAGUGAUAUACACACUUCUCGCCCGGUUAUUACACAUGCAAUUAAUCAUUCCAUAACGGACGCCUUUUUCCCGGUAGCAAAGGAUCCUGAUGCAGAGGACCAGUAUUUCCAGACGAACCCGAAACCAGAGUAUCUGGAUGAUUUAAUUCUCGACGCGAAGUCCUUUAUCAACUACCAACAUUUAGUCGGGAGAGAUAAGAUCGUGCUAGUGACCUCAGGUGGGACAACAGUGCCCCUGGAGAACAACACCGUAAGGUUCAUUGACAACUUCUCGGCUGGCACCAGGGGUUCGUCAAGUGCAGAACAGUUCUUACUGAAUGGCUACAGCGUUAUUUUCCUACACAGGGAAUUCAGUUUGACGCCCUUUAAUAGGUCGUUUCAGAACAAUAACAAAACCUCGUUUCUUGACUUUAUCGAUGACAAGGGAAAAGUGAAGGACCAAUACUUCCAACAAUUCCACAAAUGCAAGAUACUUUACGAUAAGUAUCUUAACAAGGACAGAAAGCUGUUGCUGCUGCCCUUCACCACAGUAAACCAGUACUUGUGGUCAUUGAGAGGGAUAGGACAGCUACUGGACUAUAACGGUUGUCUCUUCUACUUGGCGGCUGCCGUGAGUGAUUUUUUUGUCCCUUUCUCUAAAUUGCCAAAACAUAAGAUUCAAUCAAGGGACUACUCGCUCGAUGGCGACAGCAACAGUGGCGGGAGUAACACUAUGACAACGGCGGAUGGGAAAUUGAUCGUGAAUUUGGACCCUGUGCCCAAAUUCUUGAGCCGGCUUGUCAAAUCUUGGGCCAGUCAAGCAAUGAUAGUUUCGUUCAAAUUAGAGACUGACGAACAGAUUCUGCUUGACAAGGCAAAAUAUGCAUUGAAUAGGUACAAUCACCAAUUGGUGAUCGGCAACCUAUUACAGACGAGAAGUUCAGAGGUUGUAUUCGUUGUUCCACACGUUCCUGAGGGAUACUGGAUUAGAUCUCAAAAACCACACAAAAGUAUCGAGGAAGAUAUUGUACCUGAGGUUGUAAAACUCCAUGAAAACUGGAUGAAACAACGAAAAUGA